AUCCCAGGCUAAAUCUGGUAGCCUCCGGCCUCGAGGCCCGAGGUAUGCAGAGGGAACUUUAAUCAGCGAUUACAGCAUCCUCAUGGACAAGAUCCGCCAACACGAGUUUGUGAACUGGCUGCUGGCCCAGAAGGGGAAGAAGAUCAACUGGAAACACAACAUCACCCAGAGAGAGGCCCAGGCCUUGGAGCAGGCAGGACAGUCUGAGAGAAAUGAGGAGACAGAGGGACAACAGAGUUUCUUGCCCAAUAACCCCAGUGAUGAAGAUGUGCUCAGGGGCUUGCUGAUUCAAGAGCUGCUGGUGUUGGUGGACCAAAUAGAGCUCUGCCGGCUCAGGAGGGGGACACCAGGCUAUGGGGGUGUUGCAAGAUUAGAUUUUGAAUUAGAUUAA